AUGCUGAUUGAGUUCUAUCGUGUUCACAACAUUUCAAAGAUAGACACAAUCGGCUCUCUUCUGGAUCAAUUCGAAGGCCGACUGGAAGACUUGAACGAGUCUUUGCGCAAGAGGUACAACGCUGAUCUGAAUGGAAGCUACUCAGCUGCAACUGCAUCAGCGAAAGGUACGAAUGGGGCACAGCGGGUUGGUCAAGCAGCGGAUUGGGCGGAUAUCUCAAUGGGAGGAUUGAACGGCACGCAGAGCUCUAUCAAACACCUGUAUGAUCAAGCAGCGAUUGAGAUGGAGGCGAUCCACUACAUCACUCUGUUUCAGGCUCUCUUUCACUUCUACAAGAUCUACAAUCCUGUGCAGAUUCAAAAGAUUCAGCAAGUCCUCGAGUUCUACAAAGGCAAAGACGAUCUUCUCAACCAGAAGUUGCGCGAGACUUACGGAGCUGACCUCUCCUCGGUGAACCACCUGCUGGUGUAUCCGCUCAUCGGGCAGCUUGCAACUCCCGUCUCGCACGUGCAGGAGCAUACGCAUCAUCCGCAGGGGAGAGAAGUCGCAGCGACAUCAUCUGGAGCCAUGGUGGUGGAUCCAGCGUGUUACACCUUCAUCAACUCAGAGAUGAUUCUGACUGACAACUUGAACGUGUCGAGCAGCUACUUGUUUCCUGAGUCUUCCCCCGGCAUACAUUUGGCGUCUGGUCAAGCUCUGCCAGGGUCCAUAGGGCAUCAUCUGACUUUUGGGACCCCGGACUUAACGGCUCAUUCCUUUGACAGUCUGCUCGCAUCUGGAUUGAACCCCGACCUCGCCGCGUUUCACACCACCCAAGCAGCUCUCUUCUCCUCGCACAUCGACGCGGCGCACUUCCAGGGCUAGCUGAGCAACCCUCCUUCUCCUCGCUACUUGCUUGGUGGCCGAUGAUUUCAUUUUUGAAGAUGUGUACGAACUUUAGUCUGCUGAUACAUGAGAGGAUUGCGUCUUGCACAUUCUUGUAGUCACCUUUAGAUUUUUUGAUCUUUUCAGUGAUUUAGGCUUCUUCUCACUCUUCUCCUCUACGUGCCAUUUCAAGUCAAUAAAAGACGAAACAACA